CAUCGAAGCUCGCAGUCUCGGGAGAGACAGAGUCAGGAACUCCAACAACGCAGAAGGCUCGACAAGCCAGGACCCAGGGUUCGAUCGGCGGCAUGGGGGAGCUGAGAUCCCCCUGAUGCAGGACCUUGAUCACCCCGACGCAGGGGGCCCGACCGCCGGCUACGGGAGUAAGAUCGCCCCGUCAACAGAAUGCUCGAGGCCUCCAAUGCGGGAGAACAAAGAAGGGAUGAGAUUGAACUUUUUUUCGCCCUCCAUCAUGGUGAGGAAUGUGGAGGAAUCGCUGUGGUGGAUGUUUAUGUUGAAAUGUAUUUUGUGUGUUCUGUUGCUUUUUGUUUGUAUGACUGACUUGGCAAAUGAAAUUCCUCGUAUGUUGCAAAACAUACUUGGCUAAUAAAGUAUUAUUGUAUCAUAUCGGAUGCACGCCUCAGUGAGUGGGCAGAGGGCAAGGUAAAAAGAAAGGGGAUAGGGGCAUUAGAGAAUUCAAUGGUCAUACUGUUGGGUUGUAAACUACCCAACCUGGCAAUGUCCCAAUCUGGCAACACAAGGUGCUGUUCCUCCAGUUUGCAUGUGGCGUCAAUCUGGCAAUGGUGGAGGCCUGGGGCAGAAAGGUGGGUAUUUGAAUGGGAAGGGGAGUUACAGUGGUUAGCCACUGGGAAAUCCAUCAGAUCUUGGCAAGGAACACAAUUCACACUUUGUUCUCAUAAAGGUAGACGUUUGAGGAACUCCAUAUGAUGAAAGCUGGGAAUUUUCAGAAGUGAAGAGAGUAUGGGUGAGAGAGGGUAUCAAGGGGAAGAUAGUUGGAUGAGUGAGGGGAAUUAUUUUUCUAAUACUUCAUAUCAAAUGUUACAUUGACCCUUCAUGUCAAGUUUUAUUGAUCGAAAAGUAGUCAAGGGAACAGAAUGUAAAUAUAUAGCAGGAGGCGUGACUUUGAAGCAACAGUUAAACGUCACAAAGUGCUAUUGUAAACAAAAGGCGCUGGAUGUACCUUGGACCAUUCAUUAUUUAGAAGCGGUUUGCCAUUUCCAUACUGAACAACUGAUCUACAACAGAUCUACAGUAAGCCUCGCUCACGAGAAACAAUUAGCCGGCUAUUGAAAAAGGAACAAGUCGCAUGUGGACAUAAUGGAACAACCUGCACCAGCUAAUAUUCCAGCACAACCAGUCAAUCCGGGAACCUAUUUGGAGCAGUCUCAGGACAGACAUCAUUGGGACCAGCCUCCAGGUUACCCACCGCCAGGGUACACACCCCAGAGUUACACGCAUCAGGGACACCUACCAAAUGAACCAUAUCAAGUCUUCACAGGGCUUCCUGCCACAUCUCUGGAUGAUGCACCCCCAGAAUAUCAAAAUGAAUUUGCCAAUGAAACAGAGAAGAACUUUUCAGACACAGUCAUAAGGAGAGCUUUCGUUAGAAAAGUGUUUCUCAUUUUAAUGGUUCAAUUGUUAAUCACCAUAGCAAUAAUCUGCACUUUUCUUUAUUGGGAAGCCCUGAAUGUGUGGGUAACCAAAACAUAUUGGUUAACAUAUGCCUUGAUUCCUGCCAUCUUCGUUUUAAUUAUUACCUUGUCAUGCUGUGAUGGUGUACGACGGAAAUCUCCAUGGAACUUUGUGCUUCUUUUAUUAUUUACUAUUCUGGAAGGUUUGAUGUUAGGAACAGUUUCCGUUUCCUUUGGUGCUGAUGCGGUGAUGUGGGCUGUAGGUGCUACUGCGUUUGUGUCGUUAGGACUGACAAUAUUUGCCUUGCAAUCCAAGUGGGAUUUGACCAAGGGACGUGGAAUUUUGCUCGUGCUCCUAUUGGUGUUAUUAUCAUUUGGAAUUCUGUGUGCCAUAAUACAAUCAUAUUGGCUCCAAAUAGUUUAUGCCUCCUUAGGAACAUUGAUUUUUUCUGUUUACCUGGUGAUUGACAUACAAUUAAUGCUGGGAGGAAAGCACAGAUACAGCCUUAACCCUGAGGAAUACAUUUUUGCUGCUCUGAACCUUUACCUCGACAUUGUGAAUCUCUUCUUGUUCAUACUUCAACUUAUUGGUCUGAGUCGUUAAGGAAUAAAAAUGAAGUACGCAGUCGGCUGUAACGAUUCAUUAUUAAUGUAUUCUCAUAGGUUAAUUCAUUAUGGGAGCAGAAGCAGACCAUUUGGCCCAUCGAGUCUACUCUGCCAUUCAAUCCUAACUGAAGAUAGACCCGAAAUGCUGGAAUAACUCAGCGGGACAGGCAGUAUCUCUGGAGAGAAGGAAUGGGUGAUGUUUUGGGUCGAGACCCUUCCUCAGACCAUUCAAUCAUGACCGAUCAAUCUUUUCCUCUCAACCCCAUUUCCUGCCUUCUCUCCAUUACCCAACACCAUUACCAAUCAAGUGUCUGUCAAUCU